ACCCCGCGCCCGCCCCGCAGUUGCACGGCACCAUGGGGCUCCUGUCCAAGCCUGGUGCGCGACAGGGCAGCCGCGCCUCCUCGGGCCCAGCCGGCCGCUGUCCCCGCUCUAUCUUCAGCAACAUUAAGGUGUUCGUGCUCUGCCAUGGGCUCCUGCAGCUGUGCCAGCUCCUGUACAGCGCCUACUUCAAGAGCAGCCUCACCACCAUUGAGAAGCGCUUCGGCCUCUCCAGUUCCUCCUCGGGCCUCAUUUCCAGCUUGAAUGAGAUCAGCAACGCCAUCCUCAUCAUCUUCGUCAGCUACUUUGGCAGCCGGGUGCACCGUCCGCGGCUGAUUGGCAUUGGGGGUCUCCUGCUGGCUUCGGGCGCCUUUGUCCUCACCCUCCCACACUUCCUCUCAGAGCCCUACCAGUACACCUUGGCCAGCGUCGGGAACGGCAGCCUCUUCCAAACCGAGCUCUGCCAGAAGCAGGGGCAGGACCUGUCCCCCAGUAAGUGCCACAGCACUACCCAGGACACCCGGAAGGAGACGAGCAGCAUGUGGGGGCUCAUGGUGGUCGCUCAGCUGCUGGCGGGCAUUGGGACAGUGCCCAUUCAGCCUUUUGGGAUCUCCUACGUGGAUGACUUCUCGGAGCCCAACAACUCGCCCCUGUAUAUCUCCAUCUUAUUUGCCAUCUCCGUAUUUGGACCGGCUUUUGGGUACCUGCUGGGCUCUGUCAUGCUGCAGAUCUUUGUGGACUAUGGCAGGGUGGACACAGUUAACUUGAGCCCCGGAGACCCUCGAUGGAUUGGAGCCUGGUGGCUGGGCCUGCUCAUUUCCUCAGGCUUCUUGGUUCUCACCUCCUUCCCCUUUUUCUUCUUUCCUCGUGCAAUGCCCAGAGGAGUGGAGAGGUCUUCUGCCGUAGUGGAUGAGGCGAACAAGAUGAAAGUCAAGCCAGGAGGCUCCCUGGUGGAUUUCAUUAAACGGUUUCCCCGCAUCUUCCUGAGGCUCCUAAUGAACCCACUCUUCAUGCUGGUGGUCCUGGCUCAGUGCACCUUCUCCUCCGUCAUCGCCGGUCUCUCCACAUUCCUCAACAAGUUCCUGGAGAAGCAGUAUGGCGCCUCCGCAGCCUACGCCAACUUCCUCAUUGGUGCUGUGAACCUCCCCGCUGCAGCCUUGGGGAUGCUGUUUGGAGGAAUCCUCAUGAAGCGUUUUGUUUUCUCUCUGCAAACCAUUCCCCGUGUGGCUGCCACCAUCAUGACCAUCUCCAUUAUUCUUUGUGUCCCUCUCUUCUUCAUGGGAUGCUCCAGCCCCAUCGUGGCGGAGGUCUACCCGCCUAGCACAUCAAGUUCUAUAUAUCCGCCGCCGCCUGCCUGCCGCAGGGGCUGCUCGUGCCCGGAUUCCAUCUUCCACCCGGUCUGCGGAGACAACGGGGUAGAGUACCUCUCCCCGUGCCACGCAGGCUGUAGCCACGUCAACGUCAGCACCAUAGCCUCCAAGCAGCGGACCUACUUGAACUGCAGCUGUGUGACCGGGGGAUCUGCUUCAGCAAAGACAGGAUCAUGCCCCAUCCCCUGUGCCCACUUCCUGCUCCCGGCCAUCUUCCUCAUCUCCUUCGUGUCCCUCAUCGCCUGCAUCUCCCACAACCCCCUCUACAUGAUGGUUCUGCGUGUGGUGAACCAGGAUGAGAAGUCAUUUGCCAUUGGGGUACAGUUCUUACUGAUGCGCCUGCUAGCCUGGCUGCCCUCCCCAUCCCUCUACGGCCUCACCAUCGACUAUUCCUGCAUCCGGUGGAACUCGCAGUGCUCGGGCCGGCCAGGGGCCUGUGCCUACUACAACAACGACGCUCUCCGAGACAGGUACCUGGGCCUGCAGGUGGGCUACAAGGUGCUGGGCACACUGCUGCUCUUCUUCGUCAGCUGGCGGGUGAAGAAGAACAAGGAAUACAAUGUGCAGGAGAAGGCUGCAGGCCUCAUCUGACCCUUGACCCUUGGCCUGGUGACCCCAGCUUCAGAGUGUGGACCUACCCUUCCACACCUGUCUGUAUUUACUAAUGUUAAUAAGUCAUUUCCUUUUGGUUUUUUAGAUAAGAAAACAACCCCAGUCACCAUUUGCCUUUCCUGCCUCCUCCCAAAGGCCCCCACUCAGGGUUCCUUAGGGCCGCUGUGCUCCUGGGCUGGGUGGGCACAGAGCUGUGGAGCUGGGUCUUCCCUGGCUGCUUGGGAGGGACCCCCACAUGCCUACACUCUCCUCAGUGCUGGGUCCUCCGGUGAGGAUGCCCCCUCAGGCAGCCCCUGCCCUGACCAGUCCUGGGGGCGGGGUUCUAAGUGGAGAGAGAAAAGGGGUAUCUGUCCAGAGAAAGAAGGGGGUGGGCUGAGUGAGCUAGGGGAUGGGGGAGCCUGGCUGUAGCCCCCUUGGUAUCUGGGUUCAGCAUCAGCACAGAACCCAACAGGGGCCGGCUCCCUUCCUCUCAGAUCCAUGCCUCCUGCCCCAAGAGGCUAUUUUGGAAGCUGCCAUGUGGGGAACUAUGCCCAACGGGUCCCCUCUCAUUACCCCCACUGGAACAGGGACCAAGACACCCCAAGGACAGGUCAUCCAAACACUGUUCACAUUAAUUCUAGAUCCUUCUGUACAUGGGUCUGUGCAUGGUCGUCUCUGUCUUUCUGGGGGUGUGUUUCAAACUAAGAAAGCCACACCACGGUGGGGACCUGAAGAAGUCUGUGAAAUUGCCGUGGCAUCCAACCUCUUGCCCACCCCCACCAUAAUGCGGGGACAAUACUCCUCAUCGCAAAGGGAUGGGAAGAUCUUCUCCAAGUUUCCUUGGGAGCUGAGGAGGCGGCUUCACACAAGCCUCUCUGUCUGGACUUCAGGUGCCACUAAAUAAAGAGAAGGAGCCCGGGGUGCCAGCGAAGCCAGUGACAAAGCCAAGGGAAGGCCAAAUGCUACCAAACUGGAUGGUGAGCUGCAGCCCACAAAAUAGAGGCUGGCGAGGUUUACUUUCAGGGUUUCAAGCACCCUAAUAUUCAUGGACGUUUACCCAGCCUCCAGAGGUGGCGCCCUCUAUAGGCCUGAGUGGAGAGACACGGCAGCUGUGUGGUAGAGGCCCCGAGUGAGAAGCCAACAAAGGAGGCCCUUUAUCCAUUAAUAUAUUUAUUGGACUUUGUGCAAGGCAAUGCUAGUACAUGGUUCUCCACUGAGCUUCACGGAGAUCCCACCACUCUCCAUCUACACUAGGGCUCCUCCCGGAGUGUGCUCCAUGGGCAGGGGGGGAAUGGGGAAGGCACAGCCAAAACCCAGAGGUUGUCAACAGCAACCUGACCAUCCAUGCCUCCCCCCUCAGACGGACCGUGCCCCUGGCCCUUGGCCAGACAGGAACCUGGCUACACUGUGUCCUCCGGAGCAGCUGGGUGCUGGUCAUUGCCACAUGGGGAUAUCCUGAGGGCCACUCCUCUUGCGAGACUCCUCCAAAGACAUAUCAGAAGCCACCUCCAGAAGGGCCAAAAAAUGUAAGACAAUGGCCAAACUUCCAAGAGACUGAACUCUGUGAAAGCCACUGUUACAGCAGCCUUAUUUCCAAAGCCACCAGCCUUAUUUCCAAAGACCUCACUCGGGGAGGAAGACCCCAUGCAACCUCAGGGGCCAGUUUCAGCAUUUAAAAUGGUCCUGCUUGGAAAAUGAUUCCCUGCCGCUAACCCUGGUCUGUCUUUCUUGCUGCAAUGUAACUAAAUUCUGAAGGCACUGCCUUUCAGCUAAGCACACCAACAGUGAAUGCCAACCUUCAGAGUCUGGAAGAUUGGCUGCCCUCCCAAACCUUGAUUCUGUUAUGAUAUUGCUAUUAAUAUAUUAUAAUUUUGCUAUUGAUGUUAAGUUGGUCACGAAUGUGUACUGCCAUGUGUACCUGUCAGAGAGCAGGCGGAGCCUGCACCUUCUGGGCAAAGGAGGAGUCCAUGCCACAAGCCACAUGGACCCAUGGUUGUGGGGAUCAGAAAUGCAACUCUCAGCCCAUCAUCCUGGUGCAAAGCAGAGCAGGUGCUUCUUGUUCCUUCCGUGGAGCCCUGCGGGGAACUGCCGAAGGCCCACAGUGCUGGGCUCUCAGGAAGCUUCACUCCAGCCCUUGAGUUUAUAUCCAGCAGUGGGGUUCUUCACAAAACAGCUAAGUCUAGAAUGCAAAGCAGAAUUAAUAUCACAGUCAUCAGUGAUCACUUGGUCGCAGCCAACAUUACCGUUCCCCCAGCCAAUCUUUCCUUCCAACUGCCAGCAGGGACUAUGACGUCACCUUCAUUUCACGUCUACAAACAAAGCUUGACAAACUUCCUUGAGUGUCAGACUCUCAUAGAGGAUGUUGGUGAAAGGUAGAUUUCCAACCCCCUCCACUCAUCCUCUGCAUCUAUUUAUGGGGGUCUCAGCGGAUCCGGUAAUGGCACUUUUAACUGGACUCUCGUGUGAGGCCGAUGUGGGUGGCUGUCAAACCCUGUGUGGAGGGUCGGCAGGGCAGCCCAGCCUUGGGGAUGCCCACCCAGGCUUAGGCCACUGAGAAAUUUACAGACUUGAUAGGUCUUUGGUGGGCUCAAGUGUCAGUGAAGGAUGACACAGCGAAGGGGGUGCCUACAAAUCUGACUUCCUGGGUGCCUACAAAUCUGACUUCCUGCGUGGGCUUGUAAAACA